GCUUCCCCCUCCGGCUCCUGCCGCCGCCGCCGCCUCGGUGGGUGCCGCCGCCGCCAUUGCAGAGGCGCCGUGUGGCGGCCGCGCCCCGCUGCCCCGCUCGCCCUUCCCCGAGGCGGCCGGCGCCGCCUCAGCCCGUGCUUCCACUAGCUGUUGAGAACCAUGUCUGACAACGGAGAACUGGAAGACAAGCCACCAGCUCCUCCUGUCCGGAUGAGCAGCACUAUCUUCAGUUCAGGAGGGAAGGACCAGUUGUCUGCGAACCACAGCUUGAAACCCCUGCCUUCUGUACCAGAAGAGAGAAAACCUAGAAAUAAAAUCAUCUCCAUAUUCUCUGGCACUGAAAAAGGAAGCAAGAAAAAGGAAAAGGAACGUCCAGAAAUCUCCCCACCAUCAGAUUUUGAGCAUACUAUCCAUGUCGGCUUUGAUGCUGUUACGGGCGAGUUCACUGGAAUGCCAGAGCAAUGGGCUCGGUUGCUACAGACCUCAAAUAUCACGAAGCUAGAACAGAAGAAAAACCCGCAGGCAGUACUAGACGUGCUGAAAUUCUACGACUCCAAAGACACAGCAAAACAGAAGUAUCUGAGUUUUUCUGCUCCAGAGAAAGAUGGUUUCCCUUCAGGAACACCAACGACCAAUGCCAAAGGUUCAGAGCCAUCAACAGCUGUGGCAGAUGAUGAUGACGAUGAUGAAGAAGCACCUCCUCCUGUUAUUGCUCCACGGCCAGAUCACACCAAAUCGAUUUAUACACGGUCUGUAAUUGAUCCCAUCCCUGCCUCAGCCGGUGACACUUCUGUUGACACUGGGACAAAAUCAGGUGACAAGCAGAAAAAGAAGACCAAAAUGUCAGAUGAAGAGAUCAUGGAAAAACUACGCACUAUUGUGAGCAUAGGUGAUCCCAAGAAAAAGUACACCAGAUAUGAAAAAAUUGGGCAGGGGGCUUCAGGUACAGUUUUCACAGCUAUUGAUGUGGCAACGGGACAGGAGGUUGCUAUCAAACAGAUAAACCUGCAGAAACAGCCCAAGAAGGAGUUGAUUAUUAAUGAGAUCUUGGUAAUGAAGGAGCUAAAGAACCCCAACAUAGUCAACUUCCUGGACAGUUACCUUGUAGGAGAUGAACUGUUUGUGGUGAUGGAGUAUCUAGCUGGAGGCUCACUAACAGAUGUGGUCACAGAAACAUGCAUGGAUGAAGCGCAGAUUGCUGCUGUUUGCAGAGAGUGCUUGCAAGCGCUUGAGUUCUUACAUGCCAACCAGGUCAUCCACAGAGACAUUAAGAGUGACAACGUGCUGCUAGGAAUGGAUGGAUCAGUUAAACUAACCGACUUUGGCUUCUGUGCUCAGAUCACCCCAGAGCAGAGCAAGCGCAGCACUAUGGUUGGAACUCCUUACUGGAUGGCUCCUGAAGUGGUCACACGGAAAGCCUACGGCCCUAAAGUGGAUAUCUGGUCUCUGGGCAUCAUGGCUAUUGAGAUGGUAGAAGGAGAACCCCCGUACCUCAACGAAAACCCCCUGAGGGCUUUGUAUUUGAUAGCAACUAAUGGCACACCAGAGCUGCAGAACCCCGAGAAACUAUCCCCAAUAUUCCGGGAUUUCUUAAACCGGUGUUUGGAGAUGGAUGUUGAGAAAAGAGGAUCAGCCAAAGAAUUGUUACAGCAUCCCUUUUUGAAACUGGCCAAACCUCUGUCUAGCUUGACGCCACUGAUCCUGGCAGCCAAAGAAGCAAUGAAGAGUAACCGCUAACAUUAUUGCCACGGCCUCCAUCUUUUUGUUUGUUUUUUACAAAUCUUUAUAAUAUAUGAAAUUGUUACACUUCUGGGGGGAGGGAGGAGAUUUGCUGGGGGGGUGGGGAACAUCUGCAAAAGGGAAGAAACUCUCAUCCAGAAGACACCCAAAAUAAAUUGUGGUGACUCUAGUGAUCCCUUUCUGGGGUCCAGAAGGAAUUGAGGACUGAAUUACUGGCCCUUCUGUUUUUUCUUUUUUUUUUUUUCUUCUUCUCCAGACAGCCCAGAAAUGCCACUUAUUGUGCCCAGGGUUUUAAGGGUUUUAAUGACUUUGCUGUAACAGCUCCCGUUCAUUGUACCCUUCUGGGUACUUUCAAUACUUGAAUGACCGAUUCAAGCUUUCAGAGAGCAGCACUAAUUUUACCUGCUGAUCUCUUGCAUUCUCCUCUUCCUCCCCUCUACCUGUUUACUUUUAAAUCUCUCUAGUAAGCUCCCAUAUAACUAGAUUCAUGGCAAAUGUGACAAAUGUGAAGGUACAUCUUGCCCCUCCUUCCCUUUACAGAUUAGCUGUCACUGUACUGUAGAAUUAACAACUUGUCUACUUAAGAAAUCAUAAUAUGUUGAGAUGUAUUUUGCUUUUUAAGACGAGUAUGGAGAGAGGGGGAAGAGAAGUAUUCAACUGUUUUUUCGUAUGCCUGUGCUCUGUGGACUUUUAAUCAAAGAUGUGGCCUCUUUGUAGAAACCUCAUGAUUGGUCAAGUCUUUGGAUGUCAGUUUUUGGAUAUGUAGGUAAGGGUCAGAUACUUUAUUUAUGAUCAAAUGAUCAACUAUAGUCAGGGCAAGAAAACAGUUCCAGCUGUCUUCCUGUGUGCUCUUUUUUCCCAUUAGACUUGCUGGCCAGACGCUUAAGGGAUAUUUUGCUUGGUGUGGUGGGUGGUUCAAAAACACGUAUUGUAUCUGUUCUCUGACUUUGGCUUUGGAAGUUAUGCUGGUGCCUUUGACUUUUUUAUUUUACAUUUCCCUUCUUUGUAUCAAAUACAUUUUUGUAUAUGUUGUAAUUUUUUUCCCCAAGCAAAUAAUGCAUCAACCUAUGGUGUUGUCAGAAUUUAAGUAUUAGAGCUAUUUUUUCCAGUUUUGUAUGUGCUCUAUUUGUAUUAAUGAAAUCAAAACAAGUAAUCAGAUAUGAGGACACUGAAUACGCAGGAGGUUUUUUUAAUAUAGAUCGAAGAGAAGAGUGUGAACACUUGGAAAUGCCAAAGCGCUGUUCUGAGAAGACGGAGGCUGAGAAGGGAGAACAGUGCCUUCAGACAUCGAUGGGGCUCAUUUGGCUGGCUAGUUGGAGGCUGAAGAGACUUGAUGUGUCACACUGAUCCUUCCUCACUGAAAACACGCCAGCCAGAGUGGCUGAAGUUGAACAUUCAAUGCAAGAAAAAGUGCCUCCUUCUGAGGGACAGUGAGCGACUUCAGUGGUUGAUUUCUUGGAGUGUUAAUGGGGCAAGUGUAAAAGAGUCUGUGCCCCCUGGCUACUUUCGGCGCUGCAGUCUAUGCAUUUCAACUUCCCAAACAGUUUAAUGAAGAACUAACUGUAGUUACAAUGUGCCAAAUGAUUCUGUGAAAGAGUAACCCAUUACUUUACUGGGAUUUUAUCACUUUCCCAGUGGGCAGGACCUGGGAUGGACAGGCUUGCUGGGUAUUGACAGAGGACCCCAAAUAAAAUUUACGCACACUUUUACAAACAUUGCUGGCAAAAGAUAGAAAUCCUUUUCAGAUAAUGUCAGUGUUCGUGUAAUGAUAGAAAUAACUGCGCUGGGGACUGGUAGCCAAGGUAUGACAAAACUAACUUCCAGCUGAGAGCAGCUGGAACUCAGCCAGAACUGCUGAGCCUGUUUGUGCUUUUGAGGGGAGAGGGGAAGCACGACCAGGGUCCCAAAAUGCCUGGUGUAACUCAUCAGCUUCUAGGAAGUGGCUUUGUGCCAACAAGAUGCCUUACUGUGCAGGGAACUGCAGUGCCACGCACGGUUCAGUUUGUGUUCUGCUCUUGUGUGGUAGGCGCCCAAGUAAAUGACGCUAGCUACAACAUCAGAGGACAAAAUCCCUCUAGCUGUAAGUGGGAGAAUAGCUACAGUUUAAAAUUCAAGGUAGUGUCUCAUUUCAGGCAAAUAAAUAAAUCUAGAUGCAUUUCCCAGGCAAAAGGUCUAGCAAGGCACAGACACUGUAACACUGUAAUGAUAGUGCCCCUGGUUUGAAUGCGUCUGGCUUCCUGAUCAAAUGAAGUAGCAAGGAGGCUUGGCUGAGGAAAAGAAAACUGUCUUACUGAUGAUUCCCUCGGUCCAUUGCUGGCAAUGGACUUUGUGAAACUCCUCGUGCUAGAGUUAAGGUGGGAGCUUUUCUUUUUCUUUCUUUUUUUUUUUUUUGAUGGCACAGACUAGGCAGUAAGAUAACUUGUGAUAAAUUUAGAUUUUUUUAAAUAGAAAAACAUGAAAUCAUAAGUAAUUUUAACUUAUUAGUUCACUUUUAUUGAUGAAUGAGAAUGGUUUUAAACUUAUAUUAUGAAAUUUGUCCCAUUUAGUGUACUUAGGAGACGGUUUCCAAGCUUACAGUCAUCCUAGCAAACAGGACGUAGCCCGAUCCAGGAGUUUUACAAAACAUGUCUCAGUGCUUGCUGUGUGACCCAGAACUGUGUUUAGCUCUGCAGUUUUGAAGUGUACGUCUCCCCAGCCCCACGCAGCAGUGGUGUUAAAGGGUGAUGUUUCUUGCCACCUGCUGCCAGCAGCUGGGGUCAGAGAUGAGCUGGAUAGUGACUGAGCUGGCAGAGAAGGAAAGCUUCGAGGAGGUUGCCAUGCCGUACUUUUGUGUCUUAGUGGGUUGGGCAUUGCUUUUCUAACAAUGUCAGCUCUGUGUGUCUGCAAAAUUAAAAAAAAACAAAACAAAAAAAAAAAGGCCACAUUUUUUUUCCCUGGAGGGAGCAGAUGAGCAUUUUUAAGACUUGCUGCUGCUCAGCUUCUCUAGGGUAGACCAAUAGUGAAUAGCUGGAGUUUGAGCAGAUGCUGGGAAGGAAGGGAUUGCUUCUGAAAGUGCUGGGAUUCCCAUACGUCUCGCUCGCCCAGGUGCCAGCAUAAGAUCCUGAACUGGAUUUUAAUCCAGCCUGCAGGCAAUACGUAUGGAGCGUAACGUCCUGUGGUGUGACUGGUUGCGUGUACGGGGCUGGGUAGCUCGUGCUUGGCAUGCAUGUAUGCAGGGAAUGUUUGACUCCUGGGAUUUUUGUUAUCAUGGAAUAAAUUGGAUUUCUCAUUGAAAGCAACCGUGGCACUGGGAACGUGCCCUUUGACCUGCCUGGGUGUUAGCAAGGUGUGCUGUGGGCUUCCCCACCUCUCAGACGCGGGAGGCCCAGGAGGUGCGGGCAGAGCAGUUGCAGGAUGCUGGGCUCCCUUGUCAGAGGGGGUGGGGGUGGCUGGGGGCAGUAAGAAAAACUGUUAAAGGUCUUUUCAGCUGGCGUUGAAUAAGUGUCUCUGGUCUGUUUUCCCUCUGUCCCUCACACUGUUGGUGGAAAUGGAAGUGGGUGCAAGCUUUCUUUUUAUUUUUUUUUUAACUGUCUUCAGAUUUUAAUGUUGCCUUUUGUGUAAUUUAAUCCCAUUAUGUUAUUUAAUUGUUACUGCAAUAUUAACUACUGUAUUUGUUGACUUUGUUUAAUAACUGUUCUUUCAGGGCUAGAAAUAAACUUCUAAAAAACA